GGUAUUUAGCCGCACUGCUCAAAUUUCAUAUGUGUUGUUUGCUGAUUGAUUUGAUGAACUUUGAUUUGCAGCAGCUAGCCACUGCUCAUGUUCCUAACAAAGACAGUGAGCGCGCCAGUGAUGCAGACAUUGGUAGAAAGGAGGCGGGAUUUGGUCCUAUUGUUCUAGCAAGCAAUCAUUUGAGGGGCCGCCUAGGAUCAGCACAUCUGGAUCCUCCUGAGCUCAACAUUAAGGAGAAGCAAGUGACUGCUCAUGUCCCUGCCAAGCAGCAUUGUAGCACAGAUGUCCAGAGUUCCAGUGAUGCAAACGUUUGUAGGAACAAAACAGAAGGAUGUGGCAAUGGGGAAGCUAAGAUUAGGCGUCUUCAAAAGGACUUGGAUGUGGCCACUUGGCGGAACAAAGAAAUGAACCGAGGAUGGAAUUCUACAAUUCAAGAUGGCCUACAUGCUGUUGCUGAUCUGCAGAAGCUAGUGGUCGGCAACUUGGUUACCGCUUUGGCUGAUGCAGAUGUCCAUGAGAUCAACUGGAAGAUCUUGGAACAGGUGAAAGCACGAGCAGAAACUCUGCACUCAUCUUUGCAGGUAGAUGAUUUUCAAAGGGUGAUGCAAGAGCCGCUAUAUGAAUAGAUUGUUGUUUUCAGUUGAUGAUGUCCCUGGUUCUUUUGUUUACUUAUGUGCUGGUAGUACUUAGGGGAACUAGCUUGUACAAGUAAUUUUUUUCCGAUAAAGUUGUACAAGUAAAUGGCACAUGCUUCGCAUGUUUGACCAAUUAAGUUAAAAAGCUUCACAAAA